GAGAAGAGGGAAGUUCAGUUUGUUUACAUCGCGGGACGAAAGCGUUUGUCUUCUUGUCUGAACAUAUACAAAAUGAAUGGAUAUAACGUUAGCUGACUUCUGCUCUGUAAAGAUUUCAGUCUGAUGACUGCACGUCUUGUUUACAUCUAACUGCAGUAGAGUGGAGGAAAAUACUGGCAUCCUGUGGUAUGGUGUAGUUGUUGCACCCCAACGUUUUACUAAGGAUCUUGCUUGGAUCCUAAGUACAUUCACCUGUACAAGCAGCGAAAUGUCUCAGCUGCAGCCCCUGAUCCAGCUCCAACAAAUGGCAGAGCCCCUGCUGAACGUCCAGGAGAUGCGAUUCUGGCUGGACAGAGCAGUGGCUUGGGGCCAGGCUGAUAGCUCAGACACUCAGAAAGACACCUGCCUGCAUUUGAGCAGACUGAGGGAUUUCCUCCAGCAACUCCUCACCCAUAUCAACAACAUGAGUUCCACGACAGAGACCAUGAAGAGGCUGCCCCUCCUAGGCCAGUUUCUUGGCCGACUCUGCUGGAACCCUUAUGUCACUGCUGAUGCUACAGGCAGAAGGCUGUUGUUCCAGUGUCUGUGGGGACUUUACUCUGAGCAUCCAGGCAAUGCUGUGGAAAGAAAAGCCAACCAGUGGAUACGGAAAGUGCUGUGUCAGCUUGCUACAGAAGAAGAUGAUGCUGCAGCGCAGGCAUUAAUGAAGCAAAUGUGUGUACCACCUAAAGAGUAUCAUCUCAAAGUUCUGAGAAAGAUGGUGGAACUGCUGCAGAAAAACAUUGGGAAGAGCUGCCGUUCUUUGGGUGACAUAAAUCAGAGGUGUUCAUGUGACAACAUUCUGGCCACAUCAGAGGCUUGUGUUCCCCUGGUCACUUAUCCCGAGGCUGCUCCUCUCAUUGGUGCACUGCUGCAGCAGCCAAUGACUUGUGUCAGAGCAGCACUUAGUGAAGACUUCCUGGAUUCUCUGAGCUCUGCCUAUUCCAGCCAAUGCUUGUCUUUGGAGGAGCAGGCAGUAGUCUCUCUGUGGUAUCACAACCUGUCCAGUCUGGAAAAAGCAGUGCUCAGUCUGCUGGAGUGUGUUCUCACCAAAACCGGUUCAAUACCACAGAAGCUAAAGCAGCAACUGGCACAGUCACUGCUGCCUAAAGCCUGUGCACAACACUGCACCAUAUUCUUGGUCGUAAACGACAUCUUCAGGUCCAUCCUUAAGCAAGCUGAAGGGAACGAGUCUGUUAAGUAUAUUAUCCAAACCUUUACCAACUGUUUCCUCCAGGAAGUGGCACUGCUGCAGCAUCAGACAAGUGUAUCCUUGAAGGCCUUUUUCCCACAGUCACCUCAGAGUCUGCUGGUUCCUCUCUUGACCCGGCCGUCAGAGAUGCCUCAGGAAGUUUGGAGACAUCAUCUGAACUGGCUCAGUGGCUCAUUACAGAGACUGACAGAGGAGGAAGAGGAUGGAGACGGAGACAGCAGCAGUAGCACCAGAGGGCACCACAAAUUGUUUGAGGCCUGGUUCCUUCUGGUUCAGUGUGCCCACUGGGUACAGGUGGCCAUCCAGCUGUUGGUGACAUCUGGGCCUGAGGACCGUGGCCCCCUGCUGUGGUUGCUGACCUUCUACCACCACCCCACCAACAGGGGGCACCACCGAUCACUACAGCUGGUACAUGCCAAAGAAGCAUGGCACCACCUGCACUCCCUGUUCUUGGUCUUAGCUCGUCCUCUUCCUGUGGCCCUUUUGCAGUCAUUGGUCACUCUUAUGUCACCACAACCUCAGCAACCAUCACUGUCUCCAUUAUUGAUCCUCAAGCUCUUAGUCAACUUUGCUGUUUUCUUCCAACAAUCGCUGAGCGGAUCAACAGAGAUUUUACAGACGGUGGUGGAGCGGUCUGGUCUGGUUGAUGAAGCAGCGUGUGUUCUCAGCUCGCUGCAGCUCGGACUAAACGAAGGAAGCUGCUUAUCAAGCGACGCUAGCAGAGUUCAUCUCAGGAUCGAAGCACUUCAAGACACACUGACACAUGCAUGCAGCACCAAGCCCUACCGAGAACCAAGCACACACACUCACACCUAAAACAUACAAUAAUGCACAGAACCACACAGCACCAAGUUCAUCCUUGGCUCAGGGUUUUUUCAGGGCACCUUUGCAGAAUGACAAAUAGCCGAGUUCUUGUGUAGAUAUGCUGCGGCGCAAUGACAGGAGUGUGUCAAAACAGCACAGCGAGGACAGAUUAUGUAUAGAGGCUACAAUUACACACACACACACACACACACACACACACACACACACACACACACACACACACACUACAAGGCCCACAAGGACACUUGAGCAGUGACAGAUCACACUGCAAAGAAGCAGCAGCUCAUACGACGUGUCAGAGUCUUCCCACUCAUAUAAUUGCCUCACAAUAUAAAUCCUUCAUGUUACACAUACUGACUGAAAUACAUUUAGGUUUGGAAGACAGGGAAACUAAACACCAGUUAUCUUUGUUGAAAUACUAUUUGUGUUAAAUGUUUCUAUGAAAAACAUUCUGACAGUACGGAGUAUACAUUAAAAUGUAAAUAAUGAAAUGUAAUGUCACUCCUUUCUCAAUGUACAAUUUCUAUUGCUUCAUUAUUCAUAAAGAUGGAGAAUGAU